UCAGCCCACUUCCGGGGAGGGAGGCAGAGGAACCCCUCCCCGCCGCUCACCCCUAAGCCCAGCCCUCGGCUCCCACCCUAGUGUACCUGGGCCGAACCAUUCACCGGAUCGCGCAGCGGGUGGAGUGUGGCUCGGAGGACCACGGCGGGUCAAGGACCUUUCUCCCCCAUAUCUGAAAGCAUGCCCUUUAUUCACGUCGUUUACGUUCAUUAAAACUUCCAGAACGCAGCAAGAUGGACUUAGAGUAGGGACAAGGAACGGAAGUGGGAAGGGGAGGAGCGUGCACCCCUCCUGGCCUUGGUGAGCGCCGCGCCCCCUAAGGUACUUUGGAAGGGACGCGCGGGCCAGACGCGCCCAGACGGCCGCGAUGGCGCUGUUGGCCGGAGGGCUCUCCAGAGGGCUGGGCUCCCACCCGGCCGCCCCAGGCCGGGACGCGGUCGUCUUCGUGUGGCUGCUACUUAGCACCUGGUGCACAGCUCCUGCCAGGGCCAUCCAGGUGACUGUGUCCAACCCCUACCACGUGGUGAUCCUCUUCCAGCCUGUGACCCUGCCCUGUACCUACCAGAUGACCUCGACCCCUACGCAACCCAUCGUCAUCUGGAAGUACAAGUCUUUCUGCCGGGACCGCAUCGCCGAUGCCUUCUCCCCGGCCAGCGUCGACAACCAGCUCAACGCCCAGCUGGCAGCCGGGAACCCAGGCUACAACCCGUAUGUCGAGUGCCAGGACAGCGUGCGCACCAUCAGGGUCGUGGCCACCAAGCAGGGCAACGCUGUGACCCUGGGAGAUUACUACCAGGGCCGGAGGAUUACCAUCACCGGAAAUGCUGACCUGACCUUUGACCAGACGGCGUGGGGGGACAGUGGUGUGUAUUACUGCUCCGUGGUCUCAGCCCAGGACCUCCAGGGGAACAAUGAGGCCUACGCAGAGCUCAUCGUCCUUGGGAGGACCUCAGGGGUGGCUGAGCUCUUACCUGGUUUUCAGGCGGGGCCCAUGGAAGACUGGCUCUUCGUGGUUGUGGUGUGCCUGGCUGCCUUCCUCAUCUUCCUCCUCCUGGGCAUCUGCUGGUGCCAGUGCUGCCCGCACACUUGCUGCUGCUACGUCAGGUGCCCCUGCUGCCCAGACAAGUGCUGCUGCCCUGAGGCCCUGUAUGCUGCCGGCAAAGCAGCCACCUCAGGUGUUCCCAGCAUUUAUGCCCCUAGCACGUAUGCCCACCUGUCUCCCGCCAAGACCCCGCCCCCACCAGCUAUGAUUCCCAUGGGCCCUGCCUACAACGGGUACCCUGGAGGGUACCCUGGAGACGUUGACAGGAGUAGCUCAGGUGAGGCUGGGGGAAGCAGGAACAGCUGGUGGGGGUGUGCUGGGCAUCUGGACACUGAGGGGCAGGGGCUGGAAGGAAGAGGGUCUUGGGAGCCGAGGAGGGGCUCUGCUCCUGGUGCGCAGCCACUGACAGCCACUCUCCCCCAGCUGGUGGCCAAGGCUCCUACGUACCCCUGCUUCGGGACACGGACAGCAGUGUGGCCUCUGGUGAGAAUCCAUCAUCCCGAAGUUGGAUGCACCUGUAAGGGAGAGGGGUGGGCCAGGAUCCAUCCUCCCAAACCGACCACCACCACCCUAUCCCUAGAAGUCCGCAGUGGCUACAGGAUUCAGGCCAGCCAGCAGGACGACUCCAUGCGGGUCCUGUACUACAUGGAGAAGGAGCUGGCCAACUUCGACCCUUCUCGACCUGGCGCCCCCAAUGGCCGUGUGGAGCGGGCCAUGAGUGAAGUCACCUCCCUCCACGAGGACGACUGGCGAUCUCGGCCUUCCCGGGGCCCUGCCCUCACCCCGAUCCGGGAUGAGGAGUGGGGUGGCCACUCCCCCCGGAGUCCCAGGGGAUGGGACCAGGAGCCCCCCAGGGAGCAGGCAGGCGGGGGCUGGCGGGCCAGGCGGCCCCGGGCCCGCUCCGUGGACGCCCUGGACGACCUCACCCCGCCAAGCACCGCCGAGUCUGGGAGCAGGUCUCCCACGAGUAGUGGGAGGAGAGGCCGGGCCUACAUGCCCCCGCGGAGCCGCAGCCGGGACGACCUCUAUGACCAAGACGACUCGAGGGACUUCCCACGCUCCCGGGACCCCCACUACGACGACUUCAGGUCUCGGGAGCGCCCUCCUGCCGACCCCAGGUCCCACCACCACCGUACCCGGGACCCUCGGGACAACGGCUCCAGGUCCGGGGACUUCCCCUAUGAUGGGCGGCUACUGGAGGAGGCUGUGAGGAAGAAGGGGUCGGAGGAGAGGAAGAGACCCUACAAGGAGGAGGAGGAAGAGGCCUACUACCCGCCCGCGCCGCCCCCGUACUCGGAGACCGACUCGCAGGCGUCCCGCGAGCGCAGGCUCAAGAAGAGCUUGGCCCUGAGUCGAGAAAGUUUAGUCGUUUGAUCUGACGUUUUCUACGUAGCUUUUGUAUUUUUUUUUAAUUUGAAGGAACACUGAUGAAGCCCUGCCAUAUGCCAUACCCCUCCCGACUCUAAUAAAACGUAUAAUCACAA